CCUGCGAAGGCAUGCUACAAGCGUGCCACGCUUUGCUUCCGGCUUACUGUAAAUAUUGUAGCUUUUGCUUUUCAUUUUUAGACGUUAGCAGCAGUUAUUAUCAGUAGUAUCUGUUUUUGCUUGUUAGUGUUAUAUUAGCAAAGCAUUAGGAAUGGGGAGUAAUGGAUUAAAGGCUAUUUUGUUUGACUUGGACAACACUCUCAUAGACACAGCCGGUGUAGGUAAAAUAGCGAUUCAAAAGGUUCAUCGUCUCCUGAAGGAUACGUUUGGCCAUGAAGACCACAUCGGUGAAAUCUGCGACAGAUUUAAACUGAAGCUACUGCACGAAUCAUUCGACCCUACCGUGAGCUCUAUCGACGACGUAAGAACGUCAUACUGGGAUCAAGCUAUACGCGAAAUCAAAGGUACGAGUCCCAGUUCCACAUUAGCGCCUGCGUGUUACGAGCUCUGGAAAACAACGCGCUUGCAGCACUUGGCAGUACCGGACCCGGUCCGAGGCACGCUGGAGGAGCUGCGGAAGAAGUACAAACUGCUUUUACUGACGAACGGCGACUCGCAGACGCAGAGAGAGAAGAUCGAGGCCGUGCAGUGUGGCGACCUGUUCGAUGCCGUGGUAGUAGGCGGAGAGCAUCCCGAACAGAAGCCUGCGCUUUCCAUCUUCCUCCACUGCUUUGAUAUUCUGGCAGUGAAGCCUUCUGAAUGCAUAAUGGUGGGAGAUUCCCUGGACACGGACAUUCAAGGCGGCAGCACUGCAGGGGUCAGAGCCACUGUGUGGGUAAGCGCCAACGACAGACCUGCCUCUGCAGUUACGCCAGACUAUACCAUUGCAACAGUGCUUGAACUACCCCGAAUCCUGGAAGAUAUGAAAUUGGUUUAACUUGAGUUUUGAAACAAAAAUCAAAAUAUUAAUUCAAUAAUGCAUUCAAGCUGUUGGAUUGAGACCUGUCUAAUGGAUAAGAAAUAUGAGUACAGGUAAGGGGUAAAUGGUCCAACUGAGGUCUAAGACAUUAUGAAAAGGUUAUAAAAACACAUUUAUUGUUUUUAGGCACUUUUGGAAAGCAAUAAAAAGAAACAAAAAUGUUGGGAUAU